AUGUCUGCAUAUCAACCGCUCGAACAGUCAAUGUUACUGAAUUGGAAACGACACAACAAUCUUCAGAAAAGCCAAAGAGUACUAGCGUACGUCUUGCGUUUCCUAAAGCGAUUACUUACCCACGUAAACAGCAGUCUCAAGAAGAAAGUGGAAAGCAGCAUUCCAGAAAUACGACACGCAGAAUCGUUGGUAUACAUAACUGCUACAGAAAUGGAAAUGGCUCUGAGAAUACUUAUUCGGAAUCACCAGAAAGUUCAUCUCCCUACAGAAAGACAAACAGCAUUGAAGCAGUUAAAGUUGAAAGAAGACCAGUAUGGAAUCUUAAGGUGCAGAGGACGACUGGGAAACUCUGAGCUGAAAUCCAGUGCGAAACAUCCUUACCUGAUCGCCAGUAAGACCGAUCUCGCUCGGUUAAUUGUGGAAAAUGCACAUUCUUCCCUACACUGCAGUAUGGCACACACUAUGGCAAAUAGAAAGGAGUGUUCACUACUCCCUACGGAAAGGAUUCUCCAAGAACAAGACGAAUACAACGACAUCACGGACAUCUCAAAAAUGAAGAGAAAAAUUCACCAACUCGACGACAGCUACAGGAAACGAAGUCAGCCACAGCAAUGGAAGAAGAUAAAAAUGAUAAAUGCGACGAUCAUCUUUCUGGGGCGGGGAGUAUAG